AUGGCAGUUGUGAAGCAUUUCAGCCACAAACACCCCUUGUGCCAUGCAGAAGUGAAAGAGGAAGAUGGGUUCGUCUGCUCUGGUUGUGAGCUAGGCCUUUCAGGCUCAGCCUACAAGUGCACCAUCUCCAACUGUGACUUCCUCCUCCAUGACUCAUGCUUCAAAUUAGCCCCAGUGAUUAAGCAGAGGUCCCACCCUCACCAUCCUCUCACCCUUCUCCCCUCCCCACCUUAUGAUGACAGUGGCUUCACUUGUGAGGCCUGUCUAUACUACGGCCAUGCUUUUGUAUACCACUGUGCCGCUUGCCAAUUUGACCUUCAUGUUCGCCAAUUAUCCAUGAAGGCACAAAAAAUUGCAUAUAUGAUUCAUUACAAGAUCACCCAAAGAGAGAAGAGGGAGAUGGCAAACUAUUUCAACCACCACCACCCCCCCUUACCUCAACAAGUGAUCCAACACAAGUCCCACCCAUGGCAUCCUCUGAUCCUUCUCUCCACCCCACCUUACUAUGGGGGUGGAUUCACUUGUGAUGCUUGUCGACAUGGUGGCCAUGAUUUUACCUACCACUGCCCCACUUGCCACUAUGACCUUCAUGUUGGAUGUGCUUCUCUGCCUGAAACAGUGAUACGUGGAGAUCAUCAACACCCACUUACUCUCUUCUACUGCGGAUACAAAGAGGAAGGCAACACCUUCAUCUGUGAUGUCUGCCAUGGCAAUGUCCCCGACGGCUGCUGGAUCUACUACUGCAAGAGUUGUGAUUAUGGGACUCAUUUGGGCUGCGCUACAGCUGAAGCAAGUCCAGUGGCAGAAGAAGAAGAAGGAACAGAAGAAUAUUCCAUGGCUGAAGCUGAAAGUCGAUUAAAACUGCUUCAACUUCAAAUGCAAUUGGCUCAACAAAAUGCAGAGAGUAUAAUUGAUGCAGCACGGAUUUGUUUAGUUCAGGCAGCAUCCGUAAUUGCACUGUUGAUAAUAGUAAAUCCAUCUGCUGAAGAUCUAUCUCUUUCCCUCUGGGGAGAUUGGCAUCUGAACGUCUUGCUUAAGGAAGACCUGGAGCCACAGAUGCCAAAGUCUCGGGCCUGUACCGCUUCAUCUCUGCAUGUGUUGUCUGGGGCUAGAAAUGCAUAA